AUGGAAUCAACUGCCAGUGGGGGACGCAAUUCUCAGGCUGUCGGACAACGUCGAGUUUGGAAUGAAGAUGAGAAGCGUGCUUUGAUUGAAGGUUUGCGCGAUCUUGUUGCACGCGGCUGGAAAUGCGACAACGGAUUUCGCAAUGGUUACGCCAUCAUAUUAGAACAACAUAUGCAAAAAAAAUUCCCGGGGAGUACCAUAAGAGCCGAACCGCACAUAUCAUCCAAGAUCACGGUUUGGAAAAAAAAUUAUGGUUCGCUUUUGGAAAUGCUUGGUACUUCUGGCUUCGAAUGGAGCCAAACCGGUAACAUGAUUACUGUAAGGGAUGAGGAUGUUUGGAUAUCCUACAUGAAGGCACAUCCUAAGGCGAAAGGACUUCGUUAUAAACCUUGGCCCCUUUUUCCAAAUUGGGUGGAAAUUUUUGGCAAGAACCGGGCAACGGAAGAGGGGGCAAAAACCCAAAGAAUUGCCGUUUAUGAUGCCUUGAAACAAGUUCCUAACUUAACAACGGAUGAAAGGGUCGCUGUUGCUCGGUACUUAUCCAAAAACGUGGACGAGAUGGAACUGUUUUUCAGCCUCGACGAUGAUGGAAGGUGCUCGAUGGUGCACCAAAUAUUGAGCGGGUCACCUUAG